CCUGAGGUAACAGAUGUGAUGCGAAUGAGACAUGGAUAUUUUUGCCUUUCCAAUUCGAUCAAGUUAAAAAAAGGAAAAAUCAAGUAUAGCCUUUAAACGGACUUCACAGGAUUAACAGCAAAACCACUUUUCUUUCUUUCUGUGUCUUUAUAAUUAUCUGUUUAGGUUGUUGCGUGGCGCGCACUAAAUAGCAGAGUGAAAGAACUUAGGCUAUAUCUUUCUAAUUCAGAUAACCUCUGUUUCUAGAAAGUAAAUGUGACUAAAUAGUGACAUGUUUAACCAGCGUGAAGCACAUCUGUCUUAUUUGACAGUGGCAGCAGUGCGCUUUAAGUCGGUUAUACUGUCAAUAACAUAAUGACGCAAAGGGCUGAAGUGAGGCGUUCACUGAAGAUCAUGUGAGUCUUGCCUGAAGAAAUCCAGCAGUAAUUUCUUACUAUUUUAAAUAUGUUUUCGAUGAACACGAGCGGAGAAGACCCGUUAACUUUUCCGUACGAUGAGUGGCGCGACUCACCGGUGGAGACGCUAUCUCGGUCGGGAUUCAUCGCGCUGUCCGUGGUGCUGGGAUUCAUCAUGACUUUCGGCUUCUUGAAUAACUCCAUCGUCUUAGUUCUCUUCUGUAAGUUUAAAACGCUUCGGACUCCGGUGAACUUUCUUUUGUUAAACAUCAGCGUAAGCGACAUGCUGGUGUGUGUGUUCGGGACGAGUCUGAGCUUCGCGUCCAGUGUGCGCGGACGGUGGCUGCUCGGGCGACGCGGGUGCAUGUGGUACGGUUUCAUCAACUCCUGCUUCGGCAUCGUGUCUCUGAUUUCCUUGGUGGUUUUGUCCUACGACCGCUACAGGACAUUAACAGUAUACCAUAAACACGGUCCAGAUUAUCGUAAACCCUUGCUGGCGGUAGGAGGUUCCUGGCUGUACUCGUUGAUCUGGACUGUGCCCCCCCUUCUGGGCUGGAGCAGUUAUGGGCUAGAGGGAGCAGGAACCAGCUGUUCUGUAUCAUGGACCCAGCGCACCGCACAGUCUCAUGCCUACAUCAUCUGCCUGUUUAUAUUCUGCCUGGGCAUUCCAGUCCUCAUCAUGGUCUACUGCUAUGGGAGACUGCUUUACGCUGUCAAGCAGGUUGGAAAGAUUCGCAAGACGGCAGCUCGUAAAAGGGAAUACCAUGUUUUAUUUAUGGUCAUCGCCACUGUGGUGUGCUACCUUCUGUGCUGGAUGCCCUACGGCAUCGUGGCCAUGAUGGCUACAUUUGGCCGGGCGGGAAUCAUCUCACCCGUUGCCAGCGUGGUGCCCUCUCUCCUCGCCAAGAGCAGCACAGUCAUUAACCCGCUAAUAUACAUCCUCAUGAACAAACAGUUCUACAAUUGCUUCCGACUCUUGUUUUGCUGUCGGAAAGUGUCGGUGCAGAACGGUCACUCCAUUAUGCCCUCAAAGACCACAGUCAUUCAGCUCCACCGCAGAGUCUACAGUAACACGGUAGCCUGCACGGCACACAUCUCCACUGGAAUCCACAAUCAUGAGUGCAGCACUCCUCUGACGGAGAGAACAAACCCACCACAGGUCACCACCUGAGCCCAGCAAUCCUGCUCCAAAACACUCGCUGCUGUCUGCUGCAUAUACUGUGACCUCUGCCAUGAUGUUGAAAUCUCAUCACAUUAUGUGGACACCGUGCAUUAUUGUCAACCCCACUGCGCUUUAUUGAAUGUAGCAGUUGAAUCUUAUUCUGUUGUGUCUUUGUUCAUGACUGUGUCAUGGUUAUGUCAUUGUUUAGUAAUUCACGGUUAACCUUUUAUUGACACAGUUUAUCCUUACUGUGCCUCUCUGUUCCUUUACUAUGAGCUUGCUUGCUACAAGAGGUGGUCGAUUCGUUUUGAAGCCAACACAAACUGAGAAAAUGCGUAUCUAAGUUAAAGCAUCUAGCAAAUGUAACAAUGUAAAUGACUAAAUGAUCAAAUUAAGCAAUAAGCCAGAGAGACCCAUGGUAUACAGUGAUUUUAUAACAGCUAAGGGCUAUUGUUAGGCAUGACGUGAAGCUGUUAUAAAAUCAAUGUUACACUGGACGGAGCGCGUCACGUCAAAAGAUCCCAUUAGAACACACUGUAAUUUUAUAUUUUGUCCACAGUGGCUUGACUGUUUGUGUCCCCGCCCGUUGGAGACACAGUGUAAAUGUAAGUGAACUCUGUCAAACAACGUAGUUCCUCAGAAACGGAAACAACAAAGUGGUUGCCAAGCAACAAAGACACAGCAACAUACACUGGCACAGUCAUUUAUACAUUUCCUUAUCAAACAAGAAAAACAAAACACUGCAUUGAAAGUAGUAGCAGCCAUCCUCCCAAGAUAGGGCAAGAUUCAACGCGACGUGACCUCAAUUAACAAGCUCUAUAACUAGUUGCAAAUGCAGUCAGAUUGCUUUUGUUCACAGACUUUUUAGUCUUUUUAGGAUUGACAGCUAAAUGACAAAAUCCGUUCACUCUUAACCUGCGAAAAACAACCCACAGCAACAGUUUAAAAUGAGCUCAGUUUUAGGUUUUGAGUAAUCGCAUGUCUUGGGUCAAUUUUUUUGUAGUAAAUAUUACAUUUAAAGCAACCCCAUGUGUGACGUAACUGUUUUGGGGCUUAACAAGAAAACAAAUGUAGCUUUUUUAACGCCUAAUCACAAUGGUUAUGUUUAUUUGCAAUAAAAAAACGUUUUAAAUAAUUGCAACAAGAGUUGUGCAACAAAUAUAAAUUGUUCCAACAUUUGUCAGUUAUGUUUUAUUUGUCGGAGCCAUUAAAGUAAAGAAAUCCACUCUUUAACAGAGUAAAAAAACCUCUACACUGCCAUUUAUUCCAGUGCACUGGACCGCCGUGAAGACAACAGUGUUACAGCUACAAUGCAGCAAGUAAAAAACUCUCUCCAGAGGGGAAACCGUUCAUUUCAAAAGAUGCCUGAUGCAUUAUAAAUUGAUUUCACUUGGGAUCUAGUGCAGUGAAUUUUCCAGAGACUUCCAAGAGAACAAAAGAAGAUUUCCUUUUGAAAUUUCAAUAGUCCCUAAAGAAACUGCUCAAGCUCCUCAAUAAUCACGCUCAUCUCAAAGGAAAAACAUUGAUUGUGUAAGAAGAAGUGCCAAACAUGCGAAGAGGACAAUGUGAGCAUUUCUGGGUUUGUCUGUGUCCAAUCCAAUUGUAAUUGUUGUGCCAAUAUUAAUAUUUGUCUGUCGAUUUGUCACAGGGCUGUACUUUGCAACAUACUGCAUAUAUUAACGUAUUUAAAGGUUUUUAUGUGUCUUCCCUGAGCAAAGGCUUGAGUCUGGCCACUCUACCAUAAAGCCCAGAUCGGUGGAGUGUUACAAUGAUGUUUGUCCUUCUGUAAGUUUCUCCCAUCUCCAUAUAUGAUCAUGGAGCUCAUCCAGAGUGAUCCUCAGCUUCUUGGUCACCCUUCUCCAUCGAUGGCUCAGUUUGGACAGGAGGUCAUCUCAAGUAAGAGAUCUUGUGGUUCCAAACCUCUUUCAUUAAAGAUGGAGGCUAGAUGCUUCUGUGAACCUUCAAUACAGCAGAUUCUUUUCAGAAGUCUUCCCCAGAUCUACUGGAAGUUCAUUUGACCUCAUGUCUUGGUUUUUACUUUGAUAUGCAUUUUCAGCUGUUGCACCUUUUAUUGAUGAAUUAAAUGAAAGGGGGUGAAUAUUUUUGCAAGGCACUGUAUAUUCCGUAGCCAUAUGAUAUGUACAUUUAUCCUACAUUUAAAAGUCAUUAUUCACUGAUAAUGCUCUCCCUUCACAAACCUUGGAAAACAAUCUUGCAUGAAUGCAACGUAUUUGAUUUGAGAGCAGUGAUGGUAGAUGAGUGAAUUUAAACUUACAUAUAACGUUUUUCUAAAUUGACCAUUUACAAAUAUAUGUUAAGGUAAAAUUAUUAUUUUUGUUUCAUUCUGUGAACUACUUAAAAUAUUUCGCUCAAAUGUCAACUGAGAAUCUUGUGUCUAUCUGCAUUUAUUUGCAAAAAAAGGAAACUGCGGAAACAGGUCCAAAUAACAGAUUUAAAUGCUCCGUAUUCUUUCAGACCUCAAACACUGAUGGCCACAAUACAUCAAAAAAUUCUGAUUAAAUUGAAAUUUUUCCGCAGCUAUACAUAAAAAUAUCAGUGUUGGAAACUGUCUCAAUAAGACUUGUACACACCUGGACGGUAAUCAAACAAGCUUAUCGCCAGCAAUUUUAGACGUUCAUACCCAAGCGAUUUUGACUGGCUACGAGCCACCAAGUCAUGCUUUUCUAUAUCUUCAGAAGCUCCAGGCACAUGAACAAAAACGGCAACAUCAUUGCUCGGCAAGUUUUUAACGAGUCGCGUCAAACCCCCCAAAAUGAGGCUGAUGCGAUGUUUUUAAAACUGAUGCUUCUACGUCUGCUGUUUUGCAUUCACAUUGGCGCCCUUUGCUUAGUCACGAGGCGUUUAAACGUCGAUUAUGCGGUGUGGACAAGCCUCUACUUUACCAUAAUUCUUUACUUAACUUCAUAGAAUGUUAGGCUGA